AUGAACCAUGUGAAGUGCAGGGACUGCGGAGCCUUUGGACACAAAGCAAGUAGUGUCCGGUGCCCCAUGAAGCGCUGGCAAGGGGCCCUGGCCCCCCAACCCUUGGGUUGCAGACUCGGGAAGGAGAAUCUGGAACCACGGAAGCUUCAAGUCCUGCAGACCCUGAGGACCUGUAACCUGGCUGAGAGAGACAAGGAGCAGAGGCCACGGCAAGCGGGGCAUCAGCUGAAGUUACUCCAGAGACUUCCUGGGAGACCACAGGAGCAGCAGUGGUGCUGGAAGGAAGUGACGGAAUCCUGCGACUAUGUGAGGCAUCCUCACAGGCCAAUGCUCAUCCAGCCACCCAAGAGGAAAUCCCUCCUGGAACUGGAGCAGCCAAGUAGGCCACCUGUCAGGAAAGAUGACCCGAACUCCACCCAGCCUUUGGUGGCUCUCGGCAGGAAAAGUCUGCUGCAGCACCCCCGCAGCAGCAUCCAGGCUCCAGGCAAGAGAUCUGCCCAGAGCUCCAUCCAGCCUUGUCUGCACCCCCAAAAGAAACCUAGACUCAGCCCUGCAAGAACCCCCUGGAAGAACUUGCUGACAUCAAACCUGGGGGCCUUCCAGCAUCUCCAGCUUAAUCGCACUACCACUGGAUGUGGAACCACAGUGAAGCCCCACGUGACCAGGAAGACACCUGCCCAGCUGCCAAGCCCUGCCCCACAGCCUCCACUAGGCAGAUCUGUCUCCAACACCAUCCAAGCCUGCACCCCAGCCCAACCUCAGCCCACUAGCCUUGUUCCAGGCCAGCCUCUCAGGAUGCUCUUCAGGAGAGUAGGCAAAGGCUGGUGGAACUGCAGGUACAUGGGGCCUCCCCUGCGCCCGCCUGCUGAGAAGCCAGCCCCUCUGGCUCUGAGCCCCCCUGACUGCAGCGAGCCUGAGUGUCCCCACACCCCAGGCUCCUGGAGUGUUCUCCACGAGGACCUUCAGGUGUCCUCUUCCUCCGAAGAGAGUGACUCGGAGGAAGACACCCAUGGCCAGAUGCCUCCCCCCUGCUGA